UCUCUUCAAAGAUACCGAGCGGUGGCUUUUUUCUGCCUCUACCCCUUUACCCCCGUCUCUUUCUUGAACUAAUGUCACAUUUGCAUCGUGGAAACCCCAAUCCUCUUGAAUACUUCUUAGGUUUCCGUUUCUCUCUUUUAUUUGUUUCAUUGUGAAUUCAGGUUACAGACUGACCUGAAGACGGGGGGGGUUGUUUGGUAAUGGAAGAGCCGGUGCAGCUGAAACAGGCAGUGAUAAGCACUACGGCGGGGGCAAUUUCUGGUGGCAUAUCAAGGAUGGUUACGUCGCCGCUUGACGUUAUUAAGAUCAGAUUUCAGGUUCAGCUUGAGCCCACAUCUUCUUGGGCUAUGCUUCCGAGCAAUUGGUCUGGAACAUCAAAAUACACUGGAAUGUUUCAAGCAACAAAGGAUAUAUUGAGGGAGGAAGGCUUGGCGGGUUUUUGGCGUGGAAAUGUCCCAGCUUUACUCAUGGUUAUGCCUUAUACAGCCAUCCAAUUUACCAUGCAACACAAAUUGAAAACAUUUGCUGCUGGUUCUUCCAAGACGGAGGAUCACAUUCGAUUGAGUCCUUAUCUAUCCUAUGUCAGUGGAUCACUAGCAGGGUGUGCUGCCACUGUUGGAUCAUAUCCAUUUGAUCUUCUCCGAACCAUAUUAGCUUCACAGGGUGAACCAAAGGUGUAUCCAAACAUGAAGUCCGCUCUUGUUGAUAUAGUUAGAACUCGGGGCUUCCGAGGGUUAUACGCUGGAUUGUUGCCAACACUGGUGGAGAUUGUUCCUUAUGCUGGUCUGCACUUCGGCACCUACGAUACAUUUAAGCGAUGGACUAUGGUCUGGAACACGAAUAGAUUUUCUAACUCAAGCUUAUUCGGUACAGAAGAUGGACUUUCAAGCUUUCAGCAUUUUCUCUGUGGGUUGAUGUCUGGGACUUGUGCCAAACUUGUCUGUCAUCCACUUGAUGUGGUCAAGAAAAGAUUCCAGAUCGAAGGACUACAAAGGCACCCGAGAUAUGGUACUCGAGUUGAGCAUCAUGCUUAUAGAAAUAUGUUUCAUGCAGUUAGCCAAAUCUUGCAGUUGGAGGGUUGGGCUGGUCUUUACAAGGGGAUAGUCCCAUCAACAGUCAAAGCUGCACCAGCCAGUGCUGUAACAUUUGUGGCUUAUGAGUACACUUCAGUCUGGUUGAAGUCCACUUUGACUUGACACUAACCAGAUUUUCAUCCCCUUAUCUCAUUCUUUUUCCCAUAGAAAUAUCGAAAUCUCCUUAUAGAAGUCAAAGAUGGGGGAAUUGUAAUAAUUCUCAUUUGAUUUAGCCAUAUCAUCAUAAGCUGUAAAAUUAUAAUAGUAGGGAUGGCAGAAAAUUGAGGCUAGAGCAAACAACUUUAGAUUUAGAA